CCUGGAAGCAACUGCAUGCGCUGGAAAUCGCGCCGGACGUGCAAGUGCAAAACAGGACACCUCCCGCCUCGCGGACGCCGCCCAGUAACCCCGCCCGUCCGAAAGGCAAGCCACAUGCUCAUUCGGGGCCAGUGCCGCAGCCCGGAGGUGCCAACAAUGUGGGUGUAACGCAUGCCGUACCGUCGGCGGUCGCGGUGGUCCCCGUCCCGAAGGCGACAAACCUGCAAGUACAACCACCACCGUCCAAACCUGCAGCCGCGCAGCCCACCGUCCCGGUUUCGAGUUCGACGCCAGUAGCAUCGUCAUCUCC